UUAUCCGGAUUCUGUUACUUCCGCCCAGAAUCUACCAAAAUCAUUUCCGGCGAAGAACUUUCUCUCGUCUUAAUCGAAUUUAUAAAGCUACGAGGAAAAAAUCAAAGCUGAAACUGGCAUCAACGUUUUUGUUUAUCAUACAACAGAAGCAUCAACAAUAUUUAACAUCUUUUAAAGACAAAAAAUGUUAUACUGAACAAAUCUGACCAUUUUCGUAUAAAUUUAAUGAAUUAUGGUUGAAAGAUUUCCCCUGGGUAAGAUUAUUAGCAACAGUUGUGUGUGUCAUUCCCUGGAAUGAGUACAAUACAAUUCUGCAUUGAAAAUAUAUGAAGAUCGAUUUAUGAAGCACUUUGCAUCCAGAUGAUGGACUUGUAGCAGAAGGAAUGUUUGUUAGAAAUAAAUUAUAGAAAGGAAAACAGCAAACAUAAUAUAUUGUGGUGAGAGAAGGAAGAAUUAUUAUUCAAUGAGUUAACUGUUAUUUUUUGGUUCUAAAAAGAUGGCAAAAAGCUUAGCAAAGUCUUCAUAUGAAUGUGAUGUCUGUAAAAAGUCAUUAAGUUCAAGAGGUACACUAACUGCUCAUGUACGUAUUCAUACAGGAGAGAAACCAUAUCACUGUGAUAUCUGUGGUAAAAGAUUCACUAGAACAGAUGACUUGACUGUUCAUGUACGUGCUCAUACAGGAGAGAAACCAUAUCAGUGUGAUAUCUGUGGUCACUCAUUCACUCGUAAAGAUAUUUUAACUACACACAGACGUAUUCACACAGGAGAGAAACCGUAUCAAUGUGAUAUGUGUAGUAAAUCAUUUGCUAAAAGUACUAACUUAACUGAUCACAAACGCAUUCAUACUGGAGAAAAACCAUACCAUUGUGAUUUUUGUAGUAAAUCAUUUAAUCAAAAUAAUCAGUUAAUUAAACACAGACGCAUUCAUACAGGAGAAAAGCCCUAUCACUGUGAUAUCUGUGACAAAUCAUUCUCUCGAAAUGAUGAGUUAAUUGCUCACAAACACAUUCAUACAGGUGAGAAACCUUACAGGUGUGAUAUCUGUGGUAAAUCAUACACUCUAAAUAAUGCCUUGACUGUACACAAACGUAUUCAUACCGGAGAAAAACGAUUUAUUUGUGAUAUUUGUGGCAAAGCAUUCAUUCGAAAUUAUUCUUUAGAAGCACAUAAAAGAAUUCAUGCUGCAGAAAAACAAUAUCAUUGUGAUAUCUGUGGUAAAGCAUUUACACAUAGACAUGAUGUAACUGUACAUAAACGUGUUCAUCCCAAAAAAAAGCCAUUUCAUUGUGAUAUCUGUGGUAAAUCAUUCUCUGGUCGUACUGCGGUAAUUGUGCAUAAACGUAUUCAUACCGGAGAAACAAUCAAAGCUGAAACUGGCAUCAACAUUUUUGUUUAUCAUACAACAGAAGCAUCAACAAUAUUUAACAUCUUUUAA